AUGUCAAAAAACGUGCAGUUUCAAACAGAAGCGACUGUUCAUCUCACCUAUAGCUCACUCGAGUAUGAUAGAUCUCGCUUAUCCUCCUCCUCUCAACCACUAUCCUCACACUCAACGGUCUAUGCGACAGCGUUACCGCAAGGAUCAGCUGUCAAUAUUACAAAGAUUAAUAGACCAAGCCAGGCCAGGCCCUUUAUCAAACCGCUGGACCUAUCAUUGAUCCCGAAUUCCUCAAGACGAGCUCUAAAGUCAAAUUUGAAUGGAACAGACGCGCGGCCCUUUCUUUCCAACAAAGACCAUGGACAAGCGCAGCAAGAGCAUGAUGGAUUAAACGACUUUUCCAUGGUGGUCAUGGCCUUUUAG